AUGUGCAAUACAAAAGUAUUGUCAGCAAUUUGUUUAUUCGUAGCUACUUUAACAACUAUUUAUGGAGCGGUCGACAUUGGCCAAUACUUACCCGUUUGUGAUCGGAAUUCUCCGGAAGUAAACGAAUGUCUGGUGGAAGCAGUGCGAAAGGGUCUCCUGGCUAUGAAAAGCGGAAUUAAGGAUUUAGGAGUGCCAGCUAUAGAUCCUUUCUAUCAAAAGGAAUUAAAAUUGGAAUACAACAACAAUCAGAUAACAGUUAAAAUGAUUGUAAGCGAAAUUUACGUAGAAGGCGUAACAGAAUCUACAGUGAAAGAUGUAAGAUUGCGCGCUGAAGAUGAGAGCUUCCUUCUGGAAAUAGAUAUGUUUACCUCGCAAAUAUUUUGCAAGGGACGCUAUAGCGGGGGAGGCAGUUUCAACGCAUUACGCAUAAACGCCACUGGGGAUUUCAACACAACCAUAAGUGACUUAACAUAUACUUGGAAACUAGAGGGAACUCCUGAAAAAGUUGACGGCGAAACCUAUGUAAAAAUUACUUCUUUCUACAUGCGACCCGACGUUGGCAACAUGGUCACACAUUUGACUAAUGAAAAUCCCGAUAGCAAAGAACUAACUGACCUGGGAAUUCGAAUUACAAACGAAAAUUGGAGACUUUUGUAUCGCGAGCUGCUACCAUUUGCUCAAAGUAACUGGAACAAGAUCGGAACACGUAUCGCUAACAAAAUCUUCCUGAAAGUACCAUACAAUCAAUUGUUCCCUGUCAAAUCG